GUCUUGAAAAGUAUCCAAAUCUUCUACCUGAGUCCCUGAAGAACGUCUCCUGUAUAACGAAGAACUGGGACCAGUUGUGGAAACUAGAUGAUGAAAUGGCGAAAAUGUUUGAUUCUGUUGAUUCUGAGCAAAUGGAAACAAUUAAUCGAUAUACUCGGGAAUCUGUCAGUAAGACCUCUUUCAACUAUCUUCUGAUAGAUCCGAGAAUAAGUAAAAAAUCCUGGAAAACAUUUAUUGAUGCAAUAUUUUAUAUCGGUAAAGGAACAGGUUCCAGACAGUUAGAGCACAUGUAUGAUGCGUUCAAAAAAAAGGGUUCCCAGGAGAAAAGUUCCAAGGUUCAACGUAUCCUAGAAAUUUGGAAUGCAGGUGUCGGAGUAGUUUCUCUCAAGGUCUUCGAAAACCGUAUUGCUGUAGAUGCGUAUACUAGAGAAGCUGCGAUGAUAGAUGCUAUGGGACUAGAUAAUUUGACUAAUGUUAAACCUGGAGAUUAUUAUGGUCCUGCGAAAACCUGGGAGAAGAAUAAACAACAGCAACUAGGAACCUUCCUUCUCUACAGAGCUUUCCAAAACUUUGAAGAUGAAGGAGGACAACAAAUUCGUGAAGUGGAUCUAAAAAAAAAAUAAGUUGUACAAAAUUCUAUAUGAAAAAUUCGUUUAGUAGAUCUGAAAAUAAAAAAGUUUAAUCAAGACUUAUUUA